AUGAUAAAUAGGUUGUAAGUUGGAUACUUAUUAAUUGGAUUUACAGCAGGAUUUUAUUUUGCAAUAAACUUAGAUCAAGCAUAUUACUUCUCGUUGCAUCAUAAGCUGUUCUUGCCUUUAAGAGAUGAAUAUUAUAAAACUGAUAGAACAAUUUCAACAUUAUUUAAUACUUUCAAACAGGGGAUCAAGAAUGCUUAUGAUGAUAUUUGA